AUGAAGUUUGCAGGCAUCCUCGCUGCGGCCACGGCCCUCCUCCCUGUUGCCCUUGGAUGCAAUGGAUACGCUGGAGGUGUCCCUAAAGCCGUUGGUACCAAGACCAAUAGCAAAGUCAUUGAGGUCGCUGCUGGUCAAACCUACGAUGGCCAGUGGUACCGAUUCGACCGUGGUAGCGGUGCUUGCUCUGGUCAGUCUGAGGGCGGUGCUGCCGACGCUGUCUUCCUGCUCAAAGAAGGCGCUACGCUGCGCAACGUGAUCAUCGGCAAGAACCAGGCGGAAGGUGUGCAUUGCCAAGGCCACUGCACUCUUGAGUUCGUUUGGUUCGAAGAUGUUUGCGAGGAUGCCAUUUCCAUCAAAGAAGACAAGGCUGGAAAGGAGUCCUGGAUCAUCGGUGGCGGCGCCUACCACGCAUCCGACAAAGUCGUUCAGCACAACGGAUGUGGAACUGUGAACAUCGUCAACUUCUAUGUCAACGAUUACGGCAAGCUCUACCGCUCUUGCGGAAACUGCUCUAAGCAAUGCAAGCGCAACGUCUACAUCGAGGGCGUGACCGCGGUCAACGGUGGUGAGCUGGCUGGUAUUAACAGCAACUACGGGGACACUGCUACCCUCAAGAACGUCUGCGCUGAUGCGAAGACCAAGUGCCAGAUGUACACUGGUUGUGCUGGUGGCUGCGAGCCCAAAAAGGCUGGCACCUGCUCUGGCUAA